AUGAAGCUUUUAGAUGAUGGUUUAUCUGAUGAUACUCGAACAAAUAUUGGGUGGGGUUUAAUAUCUUUAUUAAGCUUUUCUUUACUACUUCAUAUAAUAUCUAUUCUUAUCAACUUUGUCCAAGGAAUAAAAAAGCUAUAUGAUUGGUUUUUAAAAAGUUUUGCAAAUAAAUUUGUUAUUAGAAAAAGAAGAGUCGUUUUGAAUGAAAUUAAAUCGCAUAUGCCAAACCAGGAAUGAAAUAAAUAA